AGUUCUACCCAGCAAAGUGGACCUAGACGUCUUCCGUACCAUUAAAACAACGGUAAUUGAUCCUGUUGCAUAUCCAUACAUUUCUCGUUGGCAGAGGAUGGUGCGAUCUUUUACAAAGAAUACUCGUCAGGCGUAUGUAUACCUCGCAUUAAUUACUAUCAUAAGUUCUGUCGGUUUUCUUUGAUGUACCGCGGAAUGUAUACAAGUUAUAACCGGUGAAUAAAUUAUAAAUGUAGGUUAUCAUAUGAGGGAUGAGGUGAUAUCAGUUUCAUACGAGGGACAUUUAUGAUAUCGUUCUGAAAGCCAUAAAACUGACUUCACCUCGCCCCGAUUAUGAGAACCUGUUUAUUAUACACUUGUGCCUUUAUCAGGGUCAGAAUUAUCAUUCCCGAAUGAAACAAUUAUUUAAAUAAUAAACUUAGCAGAUAGAACUUAACAAAAACAAACAAUUAAUAAGUUAAACUUCUAUUUGAAUAGCGGCAGGUCGCUCUCUGUUCUUCACUUUGUAUUAUCAUUGCUGUAUUCGAUAAUAAAAGCUGUCAACAUCGACUAAAUACAAACCGCGAGUCAGCCAUCAGCGUUUUGACAGCGACAAAUAUUACGGGACAAAAAGCAAUAUAUCAGUCACAAAAACGAUAUCAUUGAAAAAAAUAUAUGAAUGAUGGCAUCGUUUUUAUGUCACCCUGUUAUCGCCCUGAUAAAGGCACCUAAUAAUAUAUGUAAUAAUGGCAAGCAUAUGUUUUGAUGAAUUGGGCAAUUUGGUUGGCUGCUGACGAGGCAGGAUUUUUCCGUAUUGCUGCCACGGGAAAAUAUCAUGCAACCGAGGACUUGCCGUAUUGAGCGAGCGAUAGCGAGGUCAAUACAGCAAGACCGAGGUUGAAUAUUUUCCCGUACUGCCUGAACGGUUGAGGUCAGCAAGUUUCUUUUAUUUUAUGGCAUUGUACGUUUGUGAAAAUUGGGGAAAAGGUUACAGGGCUUUAUCCAAGCACCAACUGACCUCUUUCCAUUUAAUGGCCUGACCGGUCAUACCCGAAUUUGAGUCUCUGUGUAAAUGGAAACAUCUGGUCUAUGUUUCUCAAAUAUCUAGCGAAAAUGGACCUCAUUCUAAUUUUAUCAAAAUUUUCCGGUCAGAUAGGUCCGAAGCCCAAACGUUUUGUGUUCCAUUCAACAGUUUGGCCGUUCUGAACGGUCUGGCCGUGUUAAUGGAAAGCGCCCUAUGUUACACUGCCUCAGAUCCAGCUUGGCCCACAAAAACAAAAUUUGAAUCAAGUAUACGCACUAAAAAAAUUAUCCGACAAUGAAAACAUAAACUUAAAGAUGCCCAGCUUUAUUUGUAUGGCCAGGUAACUUGCCCAAUCGGGCAAGCAAGAUAAAAUGUUUACUUGCCCGUCAUGAUAUUCACUUGCCCCGGCUGAGUGUUAAGUUACAACUCUGCCUCUGUCGUAUAUUUUGUGUCUUGUGGCCACCAUGCUUAGAUGGCAUGCAUGUUUGGAUUUCUAAUAAAAAUUUCGAUCAAAUCAGCACAAAAUGAAAUGGGAUGAUUGAAGAAUAUCAAAUAUUACAAAUAGAAAGUAAAUUUUUUUUAACUAAAAUCUAAAAUUUACACAACCUUGAGCUGGGAGAGUGAAAAAGCUACAGAAAAAAUACGCUUGAAUACUAUACUACAUUGAUGCAUGGCGUCUUUGGUAUUGCGCAAUGUUUAUAUAAGAUUACAUCAUUCACAAACCAUGACGCAGUCAAUCGGAGCAACGUGGUGGCAGCAUAGUCUAAGAUGCUGAAAUAGCAAAAGCUUUCAGGGACUUUGCCCCUUUGCUACAUUCGUGCGUCACAAAAACUGAAUAUUCUUUUCUAAAAUGGGGGUCAGUAAAAGUCUUUGGAUAAAGCCCUGGGUCACGCGAGGGGAAAGUACAAAGUUUGUAACAUUUGAAAAAAAAAAACAACUGUAGAAUACUAACAAUAGAAUACUAACACAGAUAGUAUUUCAAGAUAAAUACGAGGUAUUUUGUCAUUUAAUCAAAGACAACAAAUAAAAUGAAUAAACAGCAUCGACAAUAGCCCGCGUGCAGGCCCAAGGGAACUGAUAGUGGGCCUGCAAGCAAAGCCCGGUAUUUUGUACUUUCCGCGUUCGCCCACGAACGCGGCACUCUGAUUGGCUGUUUGCUGUUGGAUUCUAUACUUAGGUCAGUGAUUCAUCACAAAGGCUCUCGAUAAGCUUAAAAUUCGAAAAUUGAUCACAUUUUUCGAUUAUAAAUGGUACAAGAACAGACUGUUUAUUGUUUACUUGAAGGAAGAGAUAUUUUUGCCGUUAUGCAAUGGGGAUUGCUUGUCGUGAGGUGUUGGAAUAGCAACAUUACGACUGGGGUAAACUAUAGUAACCUUUACUUGAGUUUCAUUAAUUUCAAACAGACUUGAUACGUUAUAUGUUCCUCAAGAAAAUUAUCUUUUGGUGGUUGAUGUUGACAUGCAGUUGCAUGUAAGCAUAUUCGAAACACUUUGCGAUUUACAAGGCUUCGCUGAGAGAGCGAAACAGAAGACGGUAUUAAAUUGCCGUUUGAAACGAAACGAUCUGGACUCUGAACGCUCUCUUCUUUACUUUUGUAGAGUUCUUUACCAAAUGAAAUAACUGAAAUAAAUUUCGUACUUUCCGCAGCCAACAAGAAUUGCACACACGAUCUGAUGAGACAAUUUAUUUAUAACAAUGGCGACAGCGAAGCACACAUUAUAAAUGCUAAUGUGGUCGCACGACUUCCCUCACGAUUUGAAGUUUGAGACUGGUUUUCUGUUGAAAUUCGUCCUAAUUUUCCUGUUCCGAUUUUAGUUGAAAAUGAGCACUUGCAAAUUUGGCAAUUACUGACUGCGUUGCUUGCUUUUUUGGAGUUAAAACGCAGCCAUUUACACAUUGUUUAUGUUCUGAAUAAGCAGAGAAAACCCCGCAACAUUUUAAUGCGAGUUUGUUUGUUAAUAUUUGGGUGCUGUCAUUGGUUCUUUUUUGACAAUUGACGCGCGAAUGGGGCGUGUUAUGAAAAGGGGCGUUUUACAAAAUACCGGGCCUUGCUUGCAGGCCCACUAUCAGUUCUCUUGGGCCUGCACGCGGGCUACAUCGACAAGUACGUUUUCAGUUCGCUUCAUCUCAUAUAUAUAUGUCUCUUUUUAUCUAAAAAAGCAGAAAUUUUCUGGCAAAAUUUAUAAAUAUGUGGCUGGUUUAGUUGUAAUUUUUAUUUAGAUGAUGUCAGAUUCCUCUUGGACAUCUGCAAAUAAAAUUGUCAGCUCUUCAUAUAGUCAAAACACAACUAUUCUUGAUUGAUUUAAUAGUUAAACACGUUGUAAAAUUAACCUUGAAAUUUCGACUUUCGCUAACAAAAACGUAUUCAGAUUUGAGAAAGUUCUUUAACCACAGCAGUUGCUCCUUUUCUCUAUUUUAGGUUUAUUUUUCUUCGUUUUGAAUAGUUUGAACGUCUUUUACACUUUUUGCCGUUUGAAACUCGGCUUUCGUAGGGCAAUAAAAAUUGCGUAUUGCCCGUGGGCAUGCAAUAGGGGAAAAUCCUGCCUCGUCACCAGCCAAUCAAAUUGCGCGAUUCAUCGAAACAAAUACUUGCCAUAUAAACGAAUUCCCGAUUAAGAUUAAACUUCUCGACAAAAUGUGGAAAAUCUUGAUCGGCAAUAUGAAACUGACCAAAUCUUGUGCGAAAACCUCCUCAACUAUGGAGCUAUGUAAGUCGGUUCUAAACCUCAAACUUGGGAUAGAUGUAAUAUAUAUAUAUAUAUGUGACAGAAUCAACAGGAAAGUGAUCAAAAGGAUUCGGAGUCCUUCACAGAGGCGCGCCUCCAAAUUACAACAGUAGCACGCAAUAUGCAGUAGCACACAUACGCAAACAAAACAGUAGCAUGCAUACAAACAAAUCUAAAUUAUUGCUAUUGUUAAAAUGAUUGUUAAAAUCAGCAGCUACAAGUCCAGGAUAUGAGCCUACGAGUAUAUCCGUACCAGUAUUUGCCAUGCUCCACAUAAUGGUUCAACCCUCCAAAAUGAACUUACUUUGAAUUUCUUUAGCUGGCCAAGUCCUGGCUCACCAAGAUACUAUAAAGCACGGAGGGACAUGCCGAAAACGUGGAGCU